AUGAGCAGGCCUCCAGCAACAUCCCGCAAGGUCGGGCGCGCUGUGGUGCUACUGGCACUGUUCUGGGUGUCUCUGCGAGCAACGCAGACGGCGUGGGCUUUGCUUGGAGCGGGGGCCGUGCCGUUCCCAAGGCCUCAGAAAAGGAUCAGGAUGAGGUGGAAGAGGCGACGACCGAGGGAGCUUCAGACGCAUUUCGAUGAGCUUGAGGGGUUGCUUAUGCAGGCUGCCUCAGCACAGACUGCUGACCCGGUUGAAGAUGCCAAGCAGGCUGUGCCUCCGAGGGUGUUGUUGCUUGCCUUUCUUGUUGCGGGCUGA